CGUCAGGAGGCGGCAGUGGCGUACGCGGCUCCUCGGGCCAAUUGCUUUAGAGCGCGCCGGACCCGGGGCGUGAAGCCGGUGCAUCCGAGGAUCAGAAACGCGGGAGUUGGCGCGGCGGAGUCAUGGGGGGACACCUGAGCGAAGGGGCCAUUGCGGCCAUAAUGCAACAGGGAGAGACAUCCAUAAAACCCAUCCUCCAAGUCAUUAACAUCCGUCCCAUCACUACAGGGAACAGUCCGCCCCGUUAUCGACUGCUUAUGAGUGAUGGGGUGAACACUCUAUCCUCUUUUAUGUUGGCAACACAGUUGAACACUCUUGUUGAAGGUGAACGAUUGUCUAGCAACUGUAUUUGCCAGAUUAAUCGAUAUAUUGUUAACACGCUGAAAGAUGGCAGGAGAGUAGUUAUUUUGAUGGAGUUAGAGGUUUUGAAAUCAGCGGAAGCAGUUGGAAUAAAGAUUGGCAAUCCAGUGCCCUAUAAUGAAGGACACGGGCAGCAGCAGGUAGUUCCUUCUCCAGUCUCAGCAACCAGUCCGCCAGCCAGCAAGCCCCAGCCACAGAAUGGGAGCUCGGGAAUGGGUUCCACUGUAUCUAAGGCUUAUGGUGCCUCGAAGAUAUUUGGGAAAACUGGAGGUACCAGCCUAGUGAACAGUUCUGGGGGAUCACAGGCCAAAGUGGUACCCAUUGCCAGCCUCACCCCUUACCAAUCCAAAUGGACUAUUUGUGCUCGUGUUACCAACAAAAGUCAGAUCCGGACCUGGAGCAACUCCCGAGGGGAAGGGAAGCUGUUCUCCAUAGAACUAGUCGAUGAAAGUGGUGAAAUCAGAGCUACUGCUUUCAACGAGCAAGUGGACAAGUUCUUUCCCCUCCUUGACGUGAACAAGGUCUAUUAUUUCACUAAAGGCACUCUGAAGAUUGCCAACAAACAGUUCUCAGCAGUUAAAAACGACUAUGAGAUGACCUUCAAUAAUGAGACUUCUGUCAUGCCCUGCGAGGACGGUCAUAAUUUACCUACAGUUCAGUUUGAUUUCACAAAGAUCGAUGACCUCGAGAGCAAACCCAAGGACUCCCUUAUCGACAUAAUUGGGAUCUGCAAGAGCUAUGAAGAUGCCAUUAAAAUCACAGUGAAGUCUAACAACCGAGAAGUUUCUAAGAGAAAUAUCUAUUUGAUGGACAUGUCAGGGAAAGUGGUGUCUGCUACUCUGUGGGGAGAAGAUGCUGAUAAGUUUGAUGGUUCUAGACAACCCGUGAUGGCUAUCAAAGGAGCCAGAGUCUCUGAUUUUGGUGGACGGAGCCUCUCUGUACUGUCUUCAAGCACAAUCAUUUUGAAUCCUGACAUCCCAGAGGCCUAUAAGCUUCGUGGAUGGUUUGACUCGGAAGGACAAGCCUUAGAUGGUGUUUCCAUCUCAGAUCUAAAGGGUGGAGGAUCAGCAGGAAGCAACACCAACUGGAAAACUUUGUAUGAGGUGAAAUUGGAGAACCUGGGCCACGGCGACAAGGCAGACUAUUUUAGCGCUGUGGCGACGGUGGUGUAUCUUCGCAAAGAGAACUCUAUGUAUCAGGCCUGCCCAAGUCAGGACUGCAAUAAGAAAGUGAUCGAUCAACAGAACGGAUUAUACCGCUGUGAGAAGUGUGACCGUGAAUUUCCCAAUUUCAAGUACCGCAUGAUCCUGUCGGUAAAUAUUGCCGAUUAUCAAGAGAAUCAGUGGGUCACUUGUUUCCAGGAGUCUGCAGAGGCUAUCCUUGGACAAAGCACUGCUUACCUCGGAGAGCUAAAGGAGAAGAAUGAGCAGGCGUUUGAGGAAAUUUUCCAGAAUGCCAACUUUCGAUCUUUUGUGUUCAAGAUCAGAGUCAAACUAGAGACCUACAAUGAUGAGUCUCGAAUUAAGGCCACUGUGAUGGACGUGAAGCCCGUGGACUACAGAGAAUACUGCAGAAGGCUGAUCAUGAACAUCAGGAGACAUGCAGCCAUGUGAGCAGAGCAGCUGAUUGGCCGAAGUGUGGAAAUAAAGAGUCGAAAUGAAAUUGAUUUCUUCACACCCCCUGUGCGAUGAUUUCACAUUAGCUUCCCAGUGGCUAGAGCCUCUUUAUGGUGGACUAAGCAAUUUCCUCUUUUAUGUGCAUCUCAAAACCCGUUGGUAGCAAGGGAAAGCACGGUCAGAUGGCUGUGGUGUGACUGUCAGACCCAGGGGUCGGCUGGCGGGCAGUGUUGUACCAGCCACUCCCUCUUCAGGCUUUUGUCCUUUUUAUUGAGACUUCAUUAUCUUCCAACAGGAAUAUGUCACAUGUAAUUGACCCUAAUUCUGCAGACGGUGAAAGACACCUUCACAGCUGGGAGGUGAGCGCGAGGGGUGGUUGUGUGGAACCGGGGUGUUUAGCAAGCGCGUCUUCCCAGAGUUCAGAGGCCCUCCUUGCAGAGGUGCCGCAUCGUCACUGCCCGGAAUGGCGAUAGGGUAGAAUUUUUAAUCAAAGACCGAUCUCUUAUCUGAAGAAUACCCUUCCUUCAGGGCUCAAUAGACCAAGUCAGAUGGUCUGACGUGAAUCAGAAUGGUCCCUUCUGAGGAAGGCUGAUAAAGCAUUGGCUUGCCGUCCCCCGGGGGCAUCCAGGCACCCACAAAGCUUUGCUUUCGUUCUCACUUCAAUUAAUACUGCAUUUCGGAGGGUGAGCCCACACCUACGUGUACACAUUUCUUGAGUUUGUGUUUCAUUUCUCGAUUAAAACUGUGUUAAAUAGGUGGUAUGUUGCCUUGCUUUAAUAAACAGUGUAUUCUUUGCUUGUGAA